CAGUCGCUCCUCCACCACAAGCCAAACAAGACGCAAGGCAGAGAUUGUACACAAAAAUUCCGCGAACGGCGCGCGGCUUCGAAUGAAAACAAUCCAAGUGACCGAAGAAAGAUAUGAAGCGAUCGUAUUUUAUCUUCUCGUUCCAAGAAGAUGCUGGAAGUUUUUUUGCAACCAAUUUCUAAUUACAUAGUAUUCUGAGAAUUUACGAAGCUAAUUAGUGAGACUCCUGGUAGCGAAGUGACAACGCAACUGCUGCUGGUGACCUGUGCGACGUUGUAUAUUGGCCCACACUGCUGCCGCAACUCCUGCCCACCCACCCACGCUCUCGCAGUAUUCAACACUUGAGCGACGAACGACUGGCACAUUCGGCGGGAGCUUCCUUCCAUCAGCCGUAUUGCUAGACAGCUUGAUAAUUUUGUUUUGCGAUACCAUUUCGUUUGUUUCAUUUUUGUCGGUCCGCGAAAAUUUGCAAUCAAGGAAAUAGAUAGACCGUCAGUUGAGAGACAGAACGCGAUUAACGACGAUAAUUCGGACGUCCCAUUUCUACGUUUUGUGCUUCUAUCUAGAAGUUCAGUUUUGUACCGAUCGUGAUUCGCGGGUUUAAUGGACAGUAUGACAAUUUCAGCUAUUCAGGCACCAGAACCGAUUUGGUGCCUGGAACGGCGUGACUCGGGUCGCCUUUUCUGGCGACGGGACGCAUCCAAGGUGAAAUUCCGCUACGACGUGGAGGUUCUCGAAUUUACCAAACACCCCGACGAGGAUCAGUUGCUCAUCACCGACAGCGAGUUGAAGGAGAAGAACGAACGCCACCUCGCGAACAUGGUCGUGGUUUGCGUAACUUGUGUGGCAGCUAUCGCAGUCACGGUUGUGCUGCCCUGGUUUCUGAUCGGCUCUGCGUGAAGUUAUGCUGUUAGGGUUCAUCCCCACCCUGUCCGAUGGCGCACAUCUCCGCGCGCAAACAAAGAUUAGAAUCUAAGCUCAGAUGUAUUUAUAUUAUUAUCACGGAAUAAGCGCACCAGCGAAUAAUAUCUCCAUCAGAAGGGAUAUAGUUUUUGAAUGCCUUCCCCCCUCAGACGGUUGUAAAUAUGAUUGAUAGAUAGUUUGAGGGAAUAGGUUUAAGAUUCACGAAUUGCCUUACACGAGUCCAAAUACUUUGUUUCAGACCCAAUUCGAGAAAGAUAUAUUUAAUCGUCACAAAAAUGUAAAUCAGUACAAGAGUUCCGGAGCGACAGUAUCAAAAUGAUUAUUUGUUGAAAUAUGGGAUAUAGAUUUCAAGGAAGAUAACGAGUUGAACUACAAAUUUACUAUUAAAGGUAGUAUAGAAAAUAGACCUCUCCGUCCUGUGGGAUAUUUUAUCUAUCUGUAGGUAUAUAGAAACAUGGUGACAGGGGUUGUGGUCAUUGAAAAAAAAACGAUAAAACGAACUGAUCUGUAUAGACUUUAAAUGAUUUUGAUUGUUGACCGGUUUCAGUUAUACUGUUAUCUCCAUAUAAUGGAGACGGUUGUGUGAUAUUCUACGAAUGGAUAGAAUAGAGUGUUAAAAUAGUUUUGGUAAAAAAAGCAUGAAAUGGCUAGACUUA